UAGAUUAGAUGCAUACGCACUCCAGCUCAGGGUUCUGACGAAUAGCUGGCCUUUGACAAGACUCUGAGCAGAAUCGUGAUUGUCCACUCAAACCAAAUACUUCCUUCGUUAUGGCAUCAAUGAGACUAAGUACUGCCAUUUAAUUCUCUAUCUACAUCAAAUACCAGGGGCGGAGAUUAUCAACGGCACCAGCAGGGCCGCGGCCGGGAGGGAUCGUUCCUGGUUCUGUCGGAUGCGCCCAACACUAGCAGGAUAUGUGCGUUAGCCCAUCUCCCCUGUAUCCAGUUUAUGCAUCCGACGACCCAGAGAUGCCAUUCAUUCCCAUGUUCCAUGCCAAACUAUUGUCAGCUAAAGGUAGACAGCCGUCUCUCAGGAUGAUCUGCGCAGCUCUUGCAGGCGUCUCCUUGCUCAGCUUUGGAGCUCUCCUGCUCGAGCCCUUGAGCUAUUUGGACGUACAGUAUGCGCCUGCGUAUUCUGCUGUCUUCAACUCGCGGUUAUAUGUCCAAGGCCCACCCACCCAACGCUUUCGAGAUAACUUUCGUAAUGACACGAAGUACAUUAUAUCGUGGGCUUCAUCAGGAUGGACAAAUGACGUGAUGACCUAUGGAAAUUUGAUUUACCUGGCACUCAUAACAGAGCGUAUACGCAUAAUCCCGAAGUUCCUCUCUUCUCAUAUCGACAAAAGUGAACUUCCAUUUGCUUUUGGGGAAGUGAUCGACGCCCCUCGGCUUAGCCAAGCCAUAGGGAUUCCCUUACUUGAAUGUAAAAGACUCGGAAAGAUCCCCGUCCACGGGGAAGUCCCUCCGUGAACCGGCUCAAGCUCGAUAUGUCGUGGAUGCGAACCCCCACUUGGGUCAAGCUGAUAUCUCCUGGCAGAGAAGAUAGUCAAGACGGUCAAGUUCAUGCGUCCGUUUGGUCCCUUGCAGCACUUGGGUUUCCGGAGGUCCGCCAGAAUAGCCUGGAAUA